AUGACCGCUGCGCACGCGCGGUGGCGCUGCCCCGGCCGGUGGCAGCGGCGGCGAAGGGGGGGGGCGCGGCCCUGCCUUCCCACAGUUGCCGUCCCGCGGCCCACAGAGCGGGAUGGUUUAGCAGAGCUUGUGGUCCGCGGGGACCCGGAGCGGCCGGGGAGGGCUCCGGGGACCGCUACCGCCGGUCGGAUCUCUGGAUCGGGCCCCGGAGGCCGGGCCGGCCCUGGCCCUGGAGGAGAAGCAGCCAUGGCGGGGCGCUCGGGCCAGGCCGUGCUGGACGAGUUCACGGCCCCCGGGGAGAAGACGGCGUUGUUACAGGAGAGCCGGGGCCGCAUCGAGGGCCUCUUUGGGGUGUCCCUCACAGUGCUGGGUCCGCCCGACACCCCCACGCCGCUGCCCGCACCCGGUCGCAUCUGGCUGCAGCUCAGCGGGGCCAAGGAGGCCGUCCGCAGCGCCAAGGAAUUCAUCAAGGGAAUCUGUGAACCUGAAUUAGAAGAGAGAGAAUGUUAUCCAAAGGACAUGCACUGUAUUUUUGUUGGGGCACAGAAUCUGUUUCUUAAGAGCUUGAUUCAGGAUACAUGUGCUGAUAUGUCCAUUCUGGACAUUGGUGUGCUUAAUAUCAGAGGUGGUGCCGAGGCUGUUGUUAUGGCCAGAAGUCACAUACAGCAAUUUGUGAAGCUCUUUGAAAACAAUGAGAGUCUACCAAGUACUCAGAAUGAAUCAGAAGUGAAAAGGCAAUUUAAACAAUUUGUUGAAUCACAUGCAGAUAAAUAUACAAUGGACUUGUUGAUUUUACCUAGUUCAUUGAAGAAAGAACUCCUAAAUCUUACCCAUGGUGAAGAUCCAUAUGAAUUAGAUUAUGAUGAUAAUGAUAUUAUUGAUCUUACAGAUCGGAAAAAAGAAUUUACACACAAUGGCAUCCAAGAGCUGGGCUUGUCCAAUGAUGAGCAAGUUUUUCAGGAGGAUGAAAGAAAGCAAGCAGGGACCCCUGUUUCUGAGCUUACAAAACAGAUGGACACAGUUUUUUCUGGUUCCACAGAGGUUCUUUUUGUUCCUGUAAAUGGUGUAAGUCCACCUGAAGAAUCUGUUUCCAAAGAGAGGAUAUGUCACAAAAGAAGGUCUUCUGAUACUGAAGAACGACACACGAAGAAGCAGUUUUCCUUAGAAAAUGUUGAGGGGGGUGAAUCUCCAUCUGCUACUGAGAAAUUGACUGCAGGCACAAUGAUUAACCUGCUUUCUGAUUCCUGUACAAUCUCUGAAGAUUUAGGCAUUGAUGUAAAAGACACUACUGAGGAAAUGGAAUAUAACAUCCUAGUAAACUUUUUUAAAACUAUGGGAUAUUCCCAGGAAACUGUAGAAAAAGUUAUUAAGGAGCAGGGACCAUCUACAGAACCCUUAGUACUUUUAGAAGAAAUUGAAAAGGAAAAUAAAAAGUUCCAGGAAGAAAAAGAUGUCUUCCCUAGGCACACUUCGAUUUUGUGCCUGGAGGUCACUGAAGCCAAAAGCAAGGGUAUUUGCAAUAGUCAAAAUGAAUUUAAAAUGAAUUUUUCUCCAAAGAAAACAAAGGAUCACAUGCAGCAAAGCAUAAUAGAACAAUCUCAGUCACCUCUCAGAAUAGAAGAAAAACCAGGUACCUCAAACUGCAAAAUGAAAACUGCCAUUUCAGUUUCAACAGAACAGAGAGCAGAAAAUUGGAAUUCUACUCAGAGCCAUGUUCCCCACAUAGAUGUAGAAAUAGAUGGCUCUUCACCUUCUGUUUCCCCUUUAAAGAAGCUCUUAAAUGACAAGGGAAUACUUACAGAUUUGGAUUUUGUUGCCAGAGGAGCUCCGAGUCACCAGCCAAGAAUACCAGUUAUUCCUGAAAAUGUUUUGUUUCCAAAAACUGGGAUCACAGUUCCAAAGAAUAAUGUUAAUCUUAUAUGUGAAAGCCAGCUAGGAUGUUGCAGCCCUUCCCAAAUCAAGCCAAAUUGCCCACCCCUCCCUCCGAUGCCUUUUUUUCCACCCCAGCUUCUCCCUUCAAUUUCUAGCAUUAAGUUGGCAGCACCAUCCAGUCGUUGUAUUGAUUCCUCAGUUACUGGGGUUCAAAGAUUCCGGGAUACUCUAAAAACACCAUACAGGCUGGAAUUAAAAAAUGAACCAGGGAGAUCAGAUUUAAGGCACAUUGUUAUAGAUGGAAGCAAUGUUGCAAUUGCUCAUGGUCUGAAUAAGUUCUUUUCCUGUCGAGGGAUUGCAAUAGCCGUUGAAUAUUUUUGGAAACUUGGCAACAGAAACAUCACAGUAUUUGUUCCUCAGUGGAGAACAAGACGUGAUCCUAACAUCACAGAGCAGCAUUUCUUGACCCAGCUCCAGGACCUUGGAAUACUAUCUUUAACGCCAGCUCGGAUGGUCUUUGGAGCAAGAAUUGCUUCUCAUGAUGACAGGUUUCUGUUGCACCUAGCUGACAAAACUGGUGGCAUAAUUGUAACCAAUGAUAACUUCAGAGAAUUUGUGACUGAAUCAGUAUCUUGGAGAGAAAUUAUUAAAAAAAGGUUGCUUCAGUAUACAUUUGUUGGGGACAUAUUUAUGGUUCCUGAUGAUCCUCUGGGAAGAAGUGGACCUAGAUUAGAGGAAUUUCUUCGUAAAGAAGUCUUCCUUGGGGAUUUUCCACCUCCGCCCGGAGCUCUGCCAAGUGGAGGACUGCAUGAAACUGCCUUCAGGGUCCCCAGCACCAGCCGACAACCCACACCCCCAAUUCAGGGAGUUCUUCCAAGCAACUGGAUUCCCCAGCAACCUAACAUCCCAAUCCUACAAAAUCUAGCAAAUAUCCAACCAAGCCUGACAAUUCCACCACAGAGAUCCCCAGCAGAAACCAAACAGCUGAGGGAAGCCCUCCUAAAGAUAUUCCCAGAGUUGGAGCAAAGAAUGAAAAUUGAUCAGAUUCUGACAGCCCAUCCGUAUAUGAGAGACCUGAACGCCCUGUCAGCCAUGAUAUUGGAUUAAGGAUAUAUUAGGGAAGUUUGCAAUCAGAGCUGAUCGAUUAAACCCUCAAGUAGCAUCUGCACAUGUUGGGAAUUGAAAUAAUGUGAAGAAAUCAAUUUGCCAAUAUAAACCCUAUGUGAACAAAACAGAAUUAAAUGUUUUGUGUAUAAAA